AUGAAAGAAGCUGAAUUUCGUUUUGAUUCGCUAUCAAUACACAUGAAUUCGCUUAAAACAAAUAUUGCGGUUGCUACAGAAGACUGUAUAGAAGUUAUGAAGAAAAUAUCUUAUGACAAUCUUACUAACUCAUUUGUUGACCUAGUACCAUCUUUAAGUAAUGGAAUACCUACUAAUCUACACUACCAAAUAGACUCUUUUACAAAACUUCAUGAAUGGUUUUCUAGUGAAAAUCCUUCACAUUUUAUUAAUAUUCAUAUGAUUCAGCCUAUAACUAAUAUGCAGAUAGCACCUAACCCAUUUUUACUUUCUACAUUUGGAACAAGAAAUUAUUUACUGAAUGUAGAAACAAUAACAAAAGUAAAUUUUCAAGCAUAUAAUGACGCUGCUGAUCUACUUUCUCAUUUCAAAAUUAAAAAUGGUCUUGAUACAAAAAAGAUAACAAAUAUCAAAGUAGUCAACAACUGCAUGAAAGGUUCAUUAAUAAAAAUAAUAAGUAUUCAAGAUUAUUCUGACUUAAACGAAGAGGACGAAUCAUCAGAUUCGAAGAAUGAAUUAGAUGAAAUGUUAGGUUCAGAAAGUGAUAUUGACAGUGAAGAUCAACAAUAUGAAGCAUCAAACAUAUUUUCGGAUGGAAUAUGCGAUGAUUUAGAUGGAAUCAAAUUUUCUGAUAUGCGAGUAUUCGAUAAAGUUCGUCCCGAAUUAGAAAAAUCUUAUUUUGAAUUGAAAAUAAAUCGGAAGAAAAAAUGUAUAAACAAACAAAUUGCUUGUUCGAUUUUAACGGAAAACAAACCGGUCUUGUCAAACGAUCGUCUGGCUUGUGUAAUUCAAAAAUAG